AUGGCAGCCCCAACCCCCGUCUCCUCUUUAGUUCAUUCUUCAACUUUGGUUACAGCUGGUGUUUAUCUUUUAAUUCGUUUAGAUAUGUUAUUUUGUAUUAGUGGUUUUAGAUGAUUUUUAUCUUUUUUGGCUUUGUUAACUAUGGUUAUAUCAGGGGUUGGGGCUGUAUUGGAAAUGGAUCUAAAAAAAAUUAUUGCUUUGUCUACUCUUAGACAGCUUGGUUUAAUAAUAUUAAUUUUGUCUUUAGGGGAAACAGGUCUAGCUUUUUUUCAUUUAUUAACUCAUGCAUUAUUUAAGGCUAUAUUAUUUUUAUGUGCUGGUUUUAUAAUCCAUAGAAGAUUAGGAGGGCAGGAUAUUCGUUUUAUGGGAUUUUUUUUUUGUUCUAAUCCUUUAAUUGGAAUAUCAUUUAGACUAGCUAAUUUAUCACUAUUUGGGUUACCAUUUUUAAGAGGAUUUUAUUCAAAAGAUAUAAUUUUAGAAUUUGUUUAUGCUAAUAAGGAAAAUUGAUUUACUACUUCUUUGGUUGUAUUAGCAACUGUAAUAACUUGUGUUUAUUCAUUGCGUGUUAUAUAUUAUUCAAUAUGAAGGGGUAGAAGAAAGUUAGUUGUUUUCUCUAGUCAUUGGUCUUUUUGAAUAGAAGUUCCAGUGUUCCUUAUAGGAUUGUUGGUAAUUUUUUUUGGUUCGAUAAUAAGAUGAAUUAUGUUUUCUUGUUGGGAUUUAAGAAUUAUGAUAUUGAAGAUCAAAAUGGUUAAUGUUGUAAUUUUAGGUUUAGGUUGUUGAGUCUUUUACUCUCUAUACAGAGGUUUUAUUGGAAUCAUUAACUUAAGUAAAGUUAAUGAUUUUUUUGGGAGUAUAUGAUUUUUAUCAAUUAGAUCCGGGAGACUAUCUGUGAAAUCAUUGGUUUCUGGUCUUUAUUACUAUAGGUUUGAUAAUGGAUGAUUAGAAGAAAUUGGGCCGCAGGGAGUUUAUAAAUUUAAUUAUGCAGCUAGAAUAUUUGUACAAUGGUUCCAAGUUAGUAAUCUAAAAAAUAUUAUUAUUUUAAUAUUUUUUAUUGUAUUUUUAUUCUUUUA